AUGGUCGCUCCUGCUUACUCCGAAGACACUUAUGUCGACCAUGUCUUGUCUGCUAACUUGGACUCCUCGUUCGCCUUUGAGGGUCCUGAAAAGCUCCUUGAAGUCUGGUUCUGGCCAUCGCCUUCUGAAAUCCCUCUGUCCUUCGUAAAGGAGGGCUUGAGAGCCGUUCCGUUGGAAAAAUGGCAGCACGUUUUGGAUUUGGUCAAUUGCAAGAUCUUGUCCAUGAAAUCGUCGCCCUCGGUUGACGCAUACUUGUUGUCUGAGUCCUCUCUCUUCGUCUUCCCACACAAGAUGAUCUUGAAGACCUGCGGUACAACCACAACCUUGGCUUGUCUCGAUGAAUUGUUCGAGGUUGCUCGUUCCUACAUUGGUGCCUCGAGCAACGCUUUGACCUCGCCUAUUGACUCGAAGUCGGUCUACAAGGUCUUUUACUCCCGUAGAAGCUUCAUGUUUCCUCAAAAACAGAUCCAUGUCCACACCGACUGGAAAAACGAGGUCAAGCUUCUCAACGAUCACUUUGUGCGUGGAAAACUGUACGUUUUAGGUGACUCGUCAUCAGAUGAUCAUUGGUACUUGUAUGUGGGAGGAAUUGGAAAUACCUCACAGUCUUCCCAGCCAAGCGACGAUCAGACUUUCGAGAUUUUGAUGACCAACUUGUCCAAGGACAAAACCAAGGCAUUCGUUGCUAAACGUAACCCUGGUGCUGAGAGUCUUGUCGAAAGUGACUCCGAAGAUCAUGACUUGGGUCAUGACUUUGGUGCCGAAAUCAUGCAGAAGACUGGUUUAGACUCUGUCUUGGACGGCUCCUUCGUCAAACUGUUUCCUGAAGUUUCCAACAUUGAAGCAGGCGCUAUGCCUUCGCCUCAGUUGAGUGACAACAUGGAGCUUUCUGACGAAGAGGAGAAUGGCGAAAACGCUAAGCCACACUUCAUCCAUGAUGGUUUUGCUUUCACUCCUUGUGGAUUCUCGUCAAACUCUGUGAGCGACACCAAGGACGGUCACUACUAUACUCUUCAUGUGACACCUGAAAGCGGUUGGUCGUAUGCUUCUUUCGAAACCAACUUCCCAUUCUCUAGCAACUCUUCGGUUGAUAUUGUGGGCGUCAUGGUGAAGGUUUUGAGAAUCUUCGAGCCUGGCCGGUUUUCAGUGACAUUUUUCAGUGACGUGGACGGAAGCCCAUCUACUUCAAACAGUUUCCAUCAAUUGGCUAACUGUGAUGGUGUUUUGAGCAAAUUGGGCUACUCGAAGAACGAGAAAAUCGUUUACAAUUUGCAAAGCGGAUGCAAUGUUUUGUACUUGCACUUCGAUAAGAAAUAG